AGAGCCUUUUGUAGGUGCAGGGGCGACCAUGGCUUACCUUACCCUUCAAUUUCUUAGAGCCACUACUUAGUUCAUUCUACACGUUGUUUGUUUUCUUCUUUCAUCCCCGCUUCCGUGGUGCAUUCCCGUAGUGUAUAUCCCUCGUUUUCCGCUGCCUCUUUGUGGAGCAAUCAUGUUCGAGGGCUGCCUGGAGCUCUGUCUCACCUUUAUCGGUGUGCAGCCCGUGCACCGCGGCUGCUCCUCCGCCGAGCUCAGCGAGUUCAUCUGCGAGGAUGUACUGCCCUAUCAAGGCUGGGCCGCUAACGCCACGCUGCGCAGCACCAUCGUGCGACUUCUGCUGACCACCAAAGCCAGCGAGUUCACCUUGUACACGCUGCCCGCCAUCACGACGCGGAGCGCAGCGGGGCAGCGCGCUGCUUCUUCAGGUUCCCGAGGCGGACGUGGUGGUGGUGGUGGUCGGGCGAAGAAGGCGGCACCGGUGGUGGGCACCUCUGACCCGUUCGAAGCAGCCGUUACACAUACGCCGUUGACCGCUGAGGCAGCGGUGGUGCAGCUCGAUGCAGGGCGUGUGGCCUGGAGUACAUCGAAGGGGCAGAGCUGCGACGUAGGUGCGGAAGGUGCAACGCAGGGUGGCGCCUCGCUUCCCUCAACUCCCCCGUCAAAAGACGAGCCGGGGAUUCUCUUUUAUCUUGUGCCGUCGCGUGAGCUGCGGGAGCGCGUCCUCGGCUUCGCGAUUCGCAACGAGAAGCAGGAAAUGGUCUCGCAGUUUAUCGCGGAGAACGCGAUGCAGGGCUGGGAGCGGCUGCCCAACUCGGCCGAUUUCAAAGCACGCUACAAGAGUCACUUGCUGGGCGGUGGCCUGAAGUGGCUGCGGCGGGUCCACAAAAUCACGCUUCUGUACCUCUACCGCAAAACCACACAUGAGGUGCUGUACCGGUUCUUUCCUCACUUUGCUCUGCCCUUGACAGAGCGAGAAAAGGCAGAGCAGCCGCAGUGGAUGACGGAGGCCGGCGCAACGUCGACGCAGGCGCUUUGCCGCAGCGCUGCUCCUGCUACUGCCACGAGCGCCGAGCCGCACGACGAGGUGUACCACCACCCAACUUCGGUCGUGCAGAGCCGCCUGUGCCGCCGGUGCAACCCGCUGGAUCACUACUUCGCCCGCAAACGCCGCGACGAUGUGUCGUUCCCGCGCGUCGUGUUCGAUCUGCAGCUUGUCCGCCAGCUCGUCCAGCAGUCGCCGGAGCGGCGGUUGCUGAUGCAGGACGCCGUGCACGCGAUUUUAACCGCGCACGACCUGCACGACACCCGCUGGGAGGACUUCUCCAAGACGGAGCGAAUGCACCUGCGCCGGUUAUUGGACUGCGCCGGCCUGCGAAUUGUGGUGGCCGUCUUGUCACUGCGUGGGCACGACCGCGAGCUGCGGUUGGUGAUUCCCGCAGAGGAUGUAGUCUCAGACGUAGGGGCGGUGCCGCUCGGCGGUUCCUCCUCCUCCGCAGGGCAGAAGCGCCAGCGCAGUGACAGCGAUAAUGAUACAGAGCAGAAGGGCGGGCCGCACAGUGGCGACGACAGCGACGUGGGCGAUCUGGCGGAUUCUUUUGAGCAUGACGGUCUGGUGAUGCGUACCGAUAGAGGGGUGCGCCGUGCUACCCUGAGCGGAGGCGUGGAGAAUGAAGACGACGGCAGCGACAGCGACGGCGAAAACGAAGAAGCGGUGAAGGAGGAACAGCAACUACCGCCGCCGCCGCCGUCGCCAUCCGCCAUGGUGCGGCCCACCACUCGUCAUAGACUCGCCGAAGCAGCUGCCGUGCUACGCGUCGAUCCUGGCCAAACCGUGGAGCUGCAGGCUGCCCACGAAGCAGAGCGUCGCCCCCUCGCACUGACGUCCCUCUUUCCUCGCAUGCGCUUCCAAAUGCCGGAUAAGCUGCGCAGGAAGAUUCUGGGCGGCUUCAUGGAAAAGUACGUGAAGCUGCGCGGCACGUUGGAGACGCAGUAUUUGCUGAUGAAGUACUCCAAGUCGUUUAUGCUCGUCUACGCGCCGCGCGUGCCAACGCCCGCCGCAGCGAUGACCGCCGUAAAAACGGAAGACCCGUUCGCCGCGGAGGACGCCAAGCGUGCCCCCCACUCGUCCCCUCAGCAGCGGCUGGGCGUUGCGACGGACGGCCCAGCGGCGACCACCGCGACCCCCCCCGCACUCGUCUUCCACUUUGAGCACAACGACCCCCGACUGCCGAAAGGUGUGACAGCGUAUUCGGUGAACACGGUGCUGGAGGUGCUGCUGCAGGCGGCCCCGCACCACGCCGCGUCCCUCCCUCGACUCACCAAGGCCAUCGAUAUUACCACCCUGCAGCGCCGCGUGCUGCCGCUGCUGCGACAGCUGGAGUACGUCUACACGACCGGGUUCUCGCAGCGGGGAAAGAAACGAGUCGGCAUGGUGGUGCUGCGUGCUCCACAGGACGACACCGGCGCCGCGGGCGAUGAAGUGCACGUCCUUGACGAUGCGGCGAAGCGGGCGGUGCUGGACGCAGAGGCGGCGCUUUCAAGCGGUGCGCUGUCCGCUGCCCGUCCGCCCCCGCCGCUACGGGGAAAGGCGAUUCCCUCUGCGCUGGUGCUGGACGCGGUGCCGGCCAUGUCGGACGGUGUCGCCCACUCAACCACCGCCGAGGGCCUGCUACGCGCGCACCCGAAUGCUGCGAAGGCGGUGAGUCGAGUUAUGGCGAUGCGCAACGGCUACGCUCGCAGCGCACUGCAGCGGGUGUCGCGGCUGCAUUUGGAGUUGUGGGCACAGCACUGCCUGUACUCGAGUGACGCUGCUUUUGAGACAGGGGUGCGGGUGUGUGAGAUGUUCGACCGCAUGGCUCUCAGCACCUAUUGCAUCGUUGUGGGCCUUCCUCAAGGGGAUGUGGCUGGUGUGCUGGAUCUUGGGGGCGUCGGGGCGGAUGCUCAAGACGAGGAGGGCAGCGGCAACAAAAACAGUGGCUUUUCCUCCUCCUAUGCGUGGUCUACGCCCAUCAAGUCGUUGCCGCCGAGUCUGUACGGGUGGUGUGUGCAACAGGGGCUGCAGAUGCUCUGCAUGUGUCUCACAGAGCUCCAAGACCGGCAGCUGGUACGCAGCACCGACCAAUUCCAGCACCUCCUGCUGCCUGACCUGCGAGAUGAGGUGUGCUACGCGCUCUGCCCAUCCGUCAGCGUGGAAAGCUGCACCUACAGUUUUGCCACUGCACCCCCUUCUGCCUCGUCGUCCUUGUACGCGUGUAUGCGCUACUGGCUGCCCGUGUGGAACACGGUUCGAUGUCCACAGCAGGGAUUGGAGGCGGAGCUGCUGUCGGCAGAGCCGAAUCCGUCUGUUCCCCAAGUCGUGGCGCUCUGCAAGGUGAUGCGACGAGAGCCUGGAGUGAUGGCCGCGCAGCUUUAUCAGAACUGUGGGGUACCGCGUGGUCUGCGCAACACCCACCGCCUGGGUGAGAUGCACAGCGCAGAGAGAGGGACGGUGGUGGGACGCGACAACCGUCGCCGCAUCACCUUCGCAACGUACGCCUCUCCAUCGUCGUCGCUGUCGUCCAUGCGGCUUCGUGGGCAACAGGGCAACCGCCGCCGCAGCAACGAUGCGGCUGAGUUUGCGGCGACCUCGCUGAAACGGCAGCUGACCGUCACGACGGCGCACCACGGGCCGUCCCUGCACAAGGCAGCGCGUACGGAGGUCAGCGGGGCCACCGUCGCCGACGCCCUCGAGUGCGCCUUCCACCACUUCGCUCCCCUCAAGCGAGUGGAGGAGGUGGUGCGACUCGUGCUGCGCGGCCGCGGCCAGCACCUCAGUCAGCACCCCCUCUUCUCCGUCCCUCCCGUGCUGCCAGCGGUGCUGCGGCCCGGCGCCGACCUCACCCACGCCCUCGCCGGGUUUUCGUGGGCAGGCAACGUCUACCGCACGGAGUUCAACGUCUCCAACACCGGCCAGGGCGGGGCUUCGUACAAUCGCACGUUGAGCCUCUCCACGCUGCACAUGGGGGGCCUGGGGGAGACACUGCGCGUCAUUCGGCAAGGACAGGCCGCCGGUCGCCCACCGCACCGACCGCCGGGUGGCAACUUCUCCUCAACCGAGUCGUUGAGAGAGGAGGUAGAGAGCGUCUACGCCCCACGCGCGGCGCUGCCCUCCACCACUACUGCCUCUCCGCUUCUUCAUGCGCAGUCCGCCGCCGCCGCAGAGGCACGCACGGACAAUUCUGUGAGCUUCCCGUCUGCCUCGCCUGCGUUGGAGGCUUCGAGUGCAGAGACGGCGCAGCAGCACGCACGGCUGGCCGCCGAGUUCGAGGUGGUGACAGACAUCCUGCGCAUGGUCUUGUUUUCCGACCAGGCCCACUACCGCGCCUCCAUCGCCCGUGCGCUCCUGUCCGACCUCAACGCCCAGGCCCUCGUCACACGGGCGCGCCUGCUGCUGCAGAAGAUGCCCGUCUUUUGCCGCUCCCGGCGACACAACUUCCGCGUACCGCUGCUCUCGCUCGUGUACAGUCCGUAUGUGCUGCCGCCGAGUGCGCUGCGGGGCGGGCCGCGGCCGUGCGCGAACAUCUCCAUCUUGCACCACUGGACACACGCCUUGGACGACAUGGGAACAGCCUGCUCGAGUGGGGUGGAGCGCUUGCGUAUGGUUGGGAAGCACACAGCUUUGCAAGCCCUUCUGCGCGUCGAUGCCGGUCAGGCCCUCAACAGCAAUACUUUCAGCUGCGUGGACGUGACGGUCUUUCCUGCGCCGCUUCAACUCGUUCACCAGCCGACGAUGGAGCUUGCCCGACUGAGCAUGGCGCCGAAUGCGGUGCGCGACUACAUGACGAAGCUGCCGCUGCCGCGCCUUACGUGGCCGCAGACGGCGGUGGAGUGUGAGCGAAGAGGACAGCCGGCGCGGGACCGCACCGAUGCGGACGAAGGCGAGGAGGGCGAUGAGGAGGGCAACAACAGCGGCAACACAGCCAGUGGAGAAGCGGGGGUUGCGGUGCCCACCGUAGGAAGGAGGCGAACCAGAAGACGCCGCCACCACAAGCGCGUACGUACGUCUUCGUCGUCUGCCGCCGCCACUGUCGCGGAAGGAACGAGGUCAGAUGCGAGCGAGUCGGACUCGGAAGAUGAGCGCGCGGUGCUGCGGGGGGAGGCGGAGGCAACGCGGCAGCUCUACCCCGCCCGCAGCGUGCGCAACCUUGGGGAUCCGGCCUACCUCCGCGACCUGCCCAUCGAUGGACCGCCGACGCCGUCGGAACAGCGGGCAGUAGAGCGCUGUCGCGAGGCGCUCGCAGCGGGUCGGUGUGCUGCGCUGAGCACCGACGUUGCAUUCUCACCCUACCACGUCCCCUAUCCGAGCAUCUUCCACCACGUCGACGGCAGCUUCCAUCAGUACAUGUGGCAGCUCGUCGUGCACGCGGUGUAUCGCUUUGUGCUGCGCGUGCCCGGGAUUACGCACGCCGACCUCGAGAGCCGGCUCAUGGCGAGCGGUGUGCUCAGUCAGCGUGCGGUGCGGGCGGUGCUGCGAUUUCUGUUGGACCGGCAGCUGCUGGCGUGUAAAGAGGAGGAGCUGAGUCAGGAUCGGUGGGUAGCGGGCGGUGGGGUGCUGGGGGCUGCGCCGCGCGUGCGUGGGCCCUUUCACGGCUCCACAGCCGCCCCGAGGGACAGUAAGGAGGGGGCUGCACGUACAGUGGCGACGGAUGCAGCCGCCUCCUUCCCACCGCUACCACUCACGCCUUCCAGCGAGGUGGAUGCAAUGAAGUUCCAAGAGGGCGGCUUUAAUCGGCGCUGCUGCUACACCGCCAUCGUACCGCUGGAGGCACUGCAGUUUUCUCUAUCGGCUGCCACGUGGUGAGUGUGUGUGUGUGUGUGCAAAGGCUCAUUGACGAGCAUAUUCAUGCACGGCUGCAUUCAGUCAGCAGAACUAUUCUCCGUUCUUUUCUGUUUCGCUGUCGAGUAGCGGUCACGCACGUGAAUAGAAGCAUCAUCACUGCUUUUGUAUUUUU